ACCAGAAAGCAUCCAUUUUGUAACUCAAACACGUAGUUGUGGCCUAUUUAUAAUAUUUUUUGUAGGUUUUUUUUUUUUAAAGCUUCCUACAAACAAAAGAAUGUCCUACCGACGAAGCAGUUCUUCUCUUGAUGCUAGAGUUUAUGUUGGUAAUUUGCCCCCAGACAUAAGAGAGCGCGAUAUUGAAGAUCUGUUUUACAAGUUCGGAAAAAUUGCCUAUGUUGAUUUGAAGAAUAAGCGUGGCCCACCAUUUGCCUUUGUUGAAUUUGAAGAUCCAAGGGAUGCUGAAGAUGCUGUUUCACAACGUGACGGUCAGAAUUAUGAUGGGUACACUUUGCGAGUGGAGUUCCCACGAGGUGGUGGCCCUGGACCAAGUCGAGGACGAGGUGGAGGAGGAGGAGGAGGUGGCGGCGGCGGUGGGAUGGGAGGUGGUGGCGGCGGCGGCGGCGGCUACUUUAUGGCUGGCAGACGUGGGGGACCUCCAUCACGUAGAUCAGAAUAUAGGGUUCUAGUGUCGGGUCUGCCCCCAACUGGAAGUUGGCAAGAUCUUAAGGAUCACAUGCGAGAGGCUGGAGAUGUAUGCUAUGCCGAUGUUUUCAAGGAUGGAACUGGAGUUGUGGAAUUCCUUAAGAGAGAUGAUAUGAAAUAUGCAGUUAAAAAACUGGAUGACACCAAGUUCCGUUCUCAUGAGGGUGAAGUUGGUUAUGUUAGAGUUAAACAGGAUUAUAGAGGCGGUCGAUCAAGAAGUCGAAGCGGUUCACCACCGAGAAGACGAAGUAGUCCUCGCUACUCACCCAUGCGUUCACGAUCACGCUCUCGUUCCAGAUCCAGAACACCAUAUUGAAACCUGAUAUGUUGAUGUCUCCCAUAUUUCAUUGUUUAGUUCAUAUGCCCAUAAAAGCCCAUUGUUGUUUACUGGGUUGCUCCAGGCAUAUUUACUCCAUCUCGUUCAUUCAGUGGUUAAAAAUUAAUCUUUGUGGUUAUUGUGUUAUCUGUAGUUAAUAACCACUACCAGUUUGAUAGUUACAUGUAGUUUGUCUUGGAUUAUGCUGACUUGUUUUCAUAAUGCUACUGUUACACCUUUCCUUUUAUUCACGAAUGAUCACGUGUCUAACAAAAAACACAAAAAAAUAAUUUGUUACUGAAUGACAAUCAAAAAUAAAGUAUUGUUUGAAAUGCCUUUAGCAGUGCUUGGAAAGUUUAUAGUUAAUAGCUUAAAAAGGAAAAUGUUUUUACCAAUGUAUUUCUAAAGAAUAAAAUUACAAAAUGACAUUAUCAUCUUGUUCCCUACAGAUGCUGUUUAGGAUGUAAGGAAUUGGAAUCCACUCUAGGAUUUAGGAUAUGAGACUUCCAGAGGUCGCGACUCGGAAAUCGUGGUCGGGAGAGGAUUGGACGGCUACGGGUCGCACUCUGGACUAGGAUUAGGAGGAUAAGAUUGGUGCUGUUGGGUCGUCGGUGGAAAAGAAAUAAAAGAUGAAGGUUGGGAUGGAUUUAGUCACAUAAUAGAGGCUGUUUAUCAUGGGAGGACAUUUGGAUAAGAGUCGCAUGGAAUAGGAUAACGCAGUUUGUGGAAAAGCAUUUGGAUAAUGGAUGGAUAUUCUCAAAACAUCGGAUGAGGAUUUGGAAAUUUCAUUGGAAAAGAAUUUGCCAGAUAUUUUGGAGCACCCUUGGAAAUGGAUACGAUAUUAUAUGGUAAUAAAUAAAAAGAACCCCAAUUUGAGUAAAUAAUGCAUGUAUUUCAGAGAAAGAUGUCAUCCAGUUUCUAAGAAAUAAAUCCUAAUAUUCAUAAGAAGUCGUUCAUGACAAAAAUGUCAUUUACUGCCAAUUUUCCCUAAAUCGAAAAAAUAUUCCAAAUGAUUGUUUUGAGUACCGUUUUCUACUCAUUGAUUAUUAUAAUAAAGUAACUUGAUAUUAACUUCACGUUUCACAAACAGUUGUGACAGAAAUAUAAUUGGGAAAUAAGCCUUGCAAAUUUGUGUCUGGAUCUUUUAUUGCAGGUAAGUUUAUGGUAAUUUUGUACCUUUUUGCAACAAAAUAAAAAAUAAAUAAGUACCCUGAGGAAUAUGCAUUUAUGGUUUGCAUGCUUACAAUAACAAUUCUCAAUUCAGCUAGGUGAAUUCUGUUGAUGCAUUUGUGGGAAGAGCAUGCAAAAUCUUGGAUUGGCAAAACGAAUUGAUUACGGACUUUUGACGAAAACCACGGCUGUCUAUGUUCUUGUUUUCCUUUUCUGGGUUUUUUUAAUUUUUAUGAAUAUGACUGUAAAUAACUGACCAUUGCAGCUUGUUUAGUAUAACAACUUUGAGAUUUCUAAUAGAACCCAAGAUUUUUUUUUAAACAAAUUUUCUAGUGUCGGCUUCCAGAAUCCAUUUUUAAUUAUCCAUGGGAAUCUGGUGCAUUCACGAAUAGUUUCCCCCAUCUCAUUAAUAUUUUCAAAUAUAUGUACCAUGUGAACAUUCCUUCUUGGAUGUUGAAUAAUCAUACAUCUGCAGCCUCUAUCAUGUCGUGCAUAUAAUGUACACUUCUGAUGAGUGGUUUUGGUGGUUUUAUUUGUACAUAGCUCAUCAUUUUUUUGGGGAUAGUUUUGCACAUUUUAGUUUUAUUUUAUACUCAUUACAAUAAAGAAAUUAUUAUAAU